CUCAGUUCAUCUUUGUCUGGCAAACGGUCAGCAUCGUAUCGCACCGGUUGAAUUAAAGGAAAAUCGCGGACUUGUACGAUAUUUCCCCAUGCGCUGCUUAGUCAGUAGGUCCAGUGUCGAUUUACAAUUCGCAUUAGAUUUAUUUUGAGUGUUUAUUACGCUUCAUUUAACUCCUCAAGUGUAUUUCGUAUGAAAAGGUGGCUUAAUUUCAACUCGAAUGUUCGGGGACCGACUUGUGUUGAGCCAUGAUCAUUUUUGAAAGUAGUGAACAAGAUAAAGGAGAAAAAAGGAAAAAAAUAAAAUUAAGCCUUACAAGUUCAAAUAACAUCCGCAUGGAGAAAGAAGAAUGCGUGGAGUGAAAAAUCGUAAUUAAGUAAGCUGGAAAUUAUUGAAGAAUGAUUGUUUUAUAUCAUUCACACAGUGCAUUCACAAACCUCAGACAAGUUGAUCGACGUGUGGGGAUUCGGCCGAUAGGCCAGAAGAAAAGAAUCAAAUAACUAGAAAAAGUAAAAAUAAAGUGUGCACUGUCUGACUGAUCGAGAAAGAGAAAGGAAGGAAUCGGCUUUACAAAGAGGUGUUAUUCGAGAACAUGAAAAUAUAAAAAUAUAUCAUCUGAUUAAAUAAAUGCUCUUUAGAAAAGUGGAUUAGAUUUCAAUGUGUAACCAAACAAUCUCGAAACAAGCAUCCUAUCAUGAGAUCAUCCAUAGGUGUUACGAAAAUUCUCACAUAUUAUUUCAUACUUCUGUAUUUAUUUUUGAGAGUGAAAAUGUGUGUCGGUUCAGUUCGUGCAAGUAGUGGCGUUAGUAACAGUGACAUUAAUUACUACGACGGUGAUGAGUCACUGCAGUCAAUCCCAGCCGUAGCGUCGGCACAGUCGAAUCCUACCGGUUUUGUGAAUUAUAGUGCAAAAAAGAAUCAUCACCAACACGCGGUCGCUACCACUACAGCACACGUGCGCCACGAACAUCACUAUAUGAAAAAUCGACACAUCACUCAAGCAGAACGAGCACUUCGCGCAUAUAAAAGUAAAUUUAAAACUGUAGACUAUAGAGUAGACAAACAUCGACAUACUAUUCAUCAUCAACCUCACCGUCGUCACGAUCUGUCGGCACAUCAUCCCAGCAGAAAGUCUUCCAAACAUAACUAUGACAAAAGUUGGCACAACUUCAACCCAUCCGGUAGUUCAUCACACCCGGUGUCCCAAGUAGGCACAUCUAAGACAGCAAAAUACGAAAGAAAUUCAGGUGAUAGCAAUCAACAAAAAGUGGAUAGUGAUAAACGAGCUACUGGCCAGAAUCGUUCACUCUCGUCUUUCACAGUGCCUUCAGUAGUAAAAGAUAAUGUGAGCAUCAAACACAAAAGCAGCAUGAAAACUCACAAAAAAGAUAAUUUUAAGCAAAAUAGUAAAAACUAUUUUGAAAAUUUGCUCAACAGAUACAAGCAUUAUUCCACUUUCAAAGAGUAUCAUCAAUUAGACAAAAGUAAAAUGACUAAAUCGUUAAAAAAUACGGAAAGAAACUGUAACGGUGAAAGAUGUAUUAAAGGAGAAACGAAAGAAGAACUUGAUGACUAUGAAUAUGACGAUGAUGUAGAUGAUGAUGACGAUGAAGGUGAUGAUGAUGAGGAGGACGAGGAAGACGAUGAGGAAGAGGAAGAAACUGACGAACAAAAUGAUUAUGAUAACACUGAGACACAAGGUGACGCCGGAUAUAGCACAACAACCAGUCGGUCUGUUUACGAAGCUGUAUCUUCUAAAAUAUACAAACAAAGCCACGAAAGAAAUAAAAACGAUAACAGCAUUCGUCGUGAUGUACUGAGGGCAAUUUCAGACAGGGAUGAUCCUCAGCCUGUAACGCAAGGAAAAAAGGUUCAAACAGAAUUCCAACGAACAGAUCCUUCUCGAUUGGCUUCGCACCACGCAAUUAAGAUAAGGAGAGAAGGGUCCUGCUCUGUACCGAAACCAAAGAUUAUACUAGCUUCGAAUGAUCCCACAAAACAGUACACUCCUCAUUGUACAAUACUACAUCGUUGUGGUGAUGAUGUAGGAUGUUGUUUGCCAACUCAAACAUGUGCAGCCUCUAAAAAUUCAACUAUUGAGCUGUAUUUUUUUGUUCAAGCCGUUGGAUCAAGGUCAUCAAUCGAAAGACUGAGUUUUGUAAACCAUACAGAGUGCUCGUGCAUCAAUCGCCACGAAACGUUUAUUUCAACUUUAGUUCCGCCUACAUCGACAACAACACCAAUCAUAACGGCAUCAGUUUGCACUUGCCCGUCGUUAUUUCAACGGGUAAUUGACAAUGACAAUCGUUGCUACUGUGAUUGUUCAUCCAGUGACGCACAGUGCGAUCAGUUCAAAAGAGGCCUGGAGCACUUUUCCAUGGAAAACAGAAGAUGCAUAAAGGAUGGACGCUGUGAAGAACCUGUGUGUGAAUAUGGGCACUACAAUAAAGCGAAGGGAAAGUGUCCUACUCGAGAAGACAAAUUAAGCUAUUCAUACAAAGGGUAGACGAAUGUUAUCCAAUUACAUAGCUGUUACCAAUGCUGUUGAAUACGCUUUGAAAUAGGCGGCUGCAAUCAAUUUUCACAAAAGUUUUGAGAUUCCUAUCUGCCAUACUACCUUACAACUAGAAUACAAUGUGGGUCUUCUCGAACAGGAGAAAUAUAUUUAGUAAGAAAUAAGAAAUGUAAUAUAUAAUAUCUUUUAUGUUUUGUAAUAUGAUGCAUUCUUAUUUAUUGAAACAAAAAUUAUUAUCGUAUAAUUUUUAUAUUUUAUGUUCUGAACGGUGUUCCGUGGAACAACAUAUGCUACUUAUACUGGUAAUGUCAUUCCAACUAGAGCUUGGUCUACACAUUUCAUUCAAUACAGAAUUUUACAGUGUAGAGUAGGUAACCAUUUGAACGAAUCGAUUUUUGCAUGCAUUUUCAUGAAAAAAUGUGUUACUCAAAUAAUCGCGCAAAAAUCAAAUUCUUAAUUCAAAUAUAUAAUACUUAUAAAACUCUUUGUUUUAACCAUAAGUUCAUUAGUUUACACAACAGCCUUUCGAAAAUAUUGUAUUUUUUCCAACAUUCGCAUUGUUUUAAAUCUAAUCUGACUUUUCUGCUUACAUUAUUACUUUCAUUAUGCGUAAGCUAACCAUUGCCUCGUUAUUGGAGUUUUUUCAUAACCUCCAAAAAACUAAUAAGGAUCAAGUCAUAGUUGGAAUACUGGUCGUGAACUAUAAGUAAUGUUAGACGCUAUGGCCAUAGUAUUAGGAACAUUAUGGUACUAUUUAUAUGUUCCUUUACAAAAUUUACAUGAAACGAAAAUUUCAAAAUAAAUCAAAGCAGAUCCAGUUUGAAAUUGAAAAAUUGUAUUGAACUACUCGUGAAAAUGAAUAAAUAAUGAUACAUUAUUUUACUUGUGCGAUAUUCCGCUAUCAUGUAUACUAAGAUUGUAUGGGUUUUUCUGUCAAUGUAGCUUCCAAAGACACAACGUUACGCUUUGGAGGGAUAGAAAAUUUUCAUAAAAACAGUUGUAUAAAUUAUAUUGCAUAUAAAUCUAAUCAUUACUCGUGCGUAUUAAAUUUCCUGUAGUAGUAAUAAAUCUUCUCUGUAAUAUUUUUUAAGUGUUCUGAAUUAGUUUUGUCUAGUGCCAACUUUGAACUGUAAAAAUGCUAGUCAUUUAAGACGAAUAGUAUUAUUAUUGUAGUACGAUUGUCCAUUGAACAUAUAAUUAAGCGGAUAAGUUUUUUAGAUUUUCUAAAAUUAAAUCAGAAUUAUUUCAACUUUCAUCAUUUAAAUAAACGGUCAUAAAAACGGACAAUGAAAAUCCGUGUAUAUCUUA